GCAGCAGCAGCAGCAGCAGCAGCAGCGGCCGCAGCUGCAGCAACAAGUCGGGACUUUUAGAGUAAUGCAACAGAAGGCUUUUGAAGAAAGCAGAUACCCCUGGCAGGAGUCCUUCGAGAAUGUUGCUGUGUGCCUGCCCUUCCGCUGCCCGAGGUGCGGAGACCAUACCAGGUUUAGAAGCCUGUCGUCGUUGAAGGCCCAUCUGGAAUUCAGUCACAGCUACCAGGAAAGAACGCUCUUGACAAAAUGCAGCCUCUUACCAUCCCUCAAAGACGCAGACCUACUCACUUCCUCGGAAUCCCUGAAACUGGGAAAACUGCAGAGCUGUGGCAACGUGGUGAAGCAGAAACCCAGCUAUGUUAACUUGUAUAGCAUUUCCCACGAACACUCCAAGGACAGGAAGCCAUUCGAGGUGGUGGCGGAGAGACCCGUGUCCUACGUGCAGACCUACACUGCCGUGGACCUGUGCGCCGACUCGCUGGAUGGGCCCCGGUCCAGUCCCGGACUUCCCACCUCGGAUACCAAAGCUGCUUUCGAGGCCCAUGUCAGAGAAAAAUUCAAUCGGAUGGUUGAGGCCGUGGACAGGACCAUCGAGAAGAGAAUCGAUAAACUCACCAAAGAGUUGGCCCAGAAAACUGCAGAACUGUUGGAAGUCCGGGCAGCUUUUGUCCAGCUGACUCAGAAAAAGCAAGAAGUUCAGAGACGAGAGCGGGCCCUGAACAGGCAGGUGGACGUGGCCGUGGAGAUGAUCGCGGGGCUGAGACAGCGCCUGACAGAAUCAGAGGAGGAGCUUCUCAGGAAAGAAGAAGAAGUUGUCACCUUCAACCAUUUCCUCGAAGCAGCAGCUGAGAAGGAGUUUCAAGGAAAAGCUCGGCUCGAGGACUUUAUUGAGAACCUGCUGCAGCGGGUGGAGCUGGCGGAGAAGCAGCUGGAGUACUAUCAGAGCCAGCAGGCCGCCGGCCUCGGCCGGGACCCCGGCGGGCACGUGCUUACAGAUAUCUCUUCAAACAGGAAACCCAAAUGCCUAAGCCGAGGGCACCCGCAUUCGGUUUGUAACCACCCCGAUCUCAAGGCCCAUUUUCAUCCGAAGGGAAGGAGCUACCUGAAAAAAGCCAAGGAUGACAGAGCCAGCAUGCAGCCUACUAAAUCCAUUCACGAACAGGCUGAGACCCCAAGAGAACUCUGCAGACCGCCGAAGAAAGGGGAGCCUUUGGGGUUUAGUCGGAAAGGCAACAUCAGGCCCAAAACGGCCAAAAAAAAGCCAACGGCGCUUGUGAACAUCAUCUAAAAGGGUGGGUGGCCGGGACCACCAGUGUUGGGCUUUGGGGAAUGUUGUUCAAGGGGCCAACAGUAAUGUCCUUUUGGACACAUCCCAUAGUAAGAUACAAUGGGAAAGCAAAGGGCAGAACACGUUUACUUCUUGUCUGUGCAAGCACAUGGAUUAACCAGAAUUUAACAAACGGGAAUCUUGGUGAACCAGAAUUUUAUUGCAGGCUCCUUAUAGAAGCAAGAGGUAAAUUACAGAAAGAAUUUUUAGCAAAAAGAAAGCAGCCUUUCCCAAAAUGUUAGUAAAACAAAGCUCCAGCUUCUAAAAUAGCCCAGUCUUUAUCUGCAUCUGGCGUUUCAGACCCAAGGCCACACAAGAUGUCAGGUGCUGGAAAAGAUUCAUCUGUGUCCACUGCUCUCCAAAUUGUGACACAAGGAAUGGGAGUAUAAAUUCUUUUAAUGGCAGUGAAAUAACAAUGUUUUUGUUUGUGUUUUAACCUUCCCCUCAAUUAGUUUGAAAGCCUCCAAAAUACGAAUUCCUGUUUCCCAGAAUAUUCUGGUUCAUCCAGAUUUCAGUGUUUGGGUUGCUACAGGGACUCAUUUGUUCAACUUCAGUUUUCAUUUCGAUGGACUGUUUUCCAAUUUAUUUGUUUUCCCGGAUGCACACGUGUUCAGAUUUUGGUGUGCCUCUGCUCUCUUCUUUGGCUGAGUACACUGCACCCUAAGACUGUGCUGCCAGCCUCCAUCUCAAAAGCUGUUUUUAUUGCUGUGGUUGGGGGAGGAUAUGAAACCCAUCAUGAGUUCAGGGUCUGAAUGGUUGGAUGCCCAUGGAUUGCACGUGUCUCCACCCUGGAGACACCACAGCCCUUUGCAGAGACCUUCCCUGGCAGCGUCCGUGGCCUCUCUGCGAGCUGCAGGCAUGGCUUUCUCCUUGCUGGCCUAACUUGUCCACCUCCUGCUGCUUCUGUGCCCUUUCAUGACUGAAAUAUAUGUUCUUACCUUUCAACCAGCUAUCUGAAGUGUCAUUGUCCACUGCUUUCUAAAGUAGUUUCUGAAAUAAACAGUACAUGUGGGAUCCAGAAUCUGAGACUGUCCUCCUCUCCGCCCUAAAAUGGCCUUUGUUUCCAAAAGACCCAUCUGCUAAGGAUCUCCUGCUUUAAGAUUGUCUUCAAGAAUGAAUUUUUAUGUUUUUUUAAACUUAGUAUUAUCAUCAAAUCUCCUGCAGAGUUUAUAAGUGCUGACAUUGUUCUGGAAAUAAGAAUAAUUAUGUCCACAAAUACAUUACAUAUAUAUAACAUAUAAAAUAUAUGUCAAGUAUAUUAAUUUAUUUUUAAAUACUAAUGGACAAGGUGUGUGUUUGUGGUGGGUGGUUUUAAAACUAUGUAUGUUCAUGUAAAUUGAAUUAUCUUUAAAAAUGAAAACUGUAACCUAAUUAACAUUAGUAGAAUUAUGGUUGUUAUUAUAAAUAAGCAUCAGAUUAGCAGUGCAUUAAAAAUAGGUAAUAAAUCAAUUAGUUAAAAUAACAGUAAAUGGAAAAAUAUAACUUAUCAUUAUACAAACAUUUUUAACUUGUUAUAGUAAAAAUGUUGAUUUUUGAACCUUCACUUCAACUUUUGGCUCAUGGGGUGGGCCAUUCAUGUGGUGUCUAGGCAACUACUGAGUGGGAAAAAACAUUGCUGUGAAUAUCACUGUCUUGGCUGACAUUGUAAAAAUUGUAAUGUUAUAAUGAUUUAUUUGGAGAAUUAAUCUUCCCCAAGAUUAUUUAUUAUUGAUGUUUAUACCAUGUUUGCACUUUAGCCUUUUACAUACUAAACAAUGGACUUGUUGGUUGCAUUGCAUGCUAAUUGUCCUGUAACAUGUGUGUGCAAUCACAACUUGUUUUUAAAGGUGGUAUAACCAGACUUUUUUUCUACUUUAUUCAAUGUAAGCUACAUUUUCAAUUUUCAUUUAAUAUGCUUAGAGGGCAUGACAGCUCUUUUUGACAGUGGUACCCAGUGAUCUCCAGAAAGCACCGUAAUAUCGUAUCUACGCUAUGUACAUUACACAAGACAGAUGAUUUCAAGAUUUAUUACAUUAAAACAAUUUUUUUUAAGUUUCAACUACAGUCUGACCCUCACACAAGGAAAUGCAUUAUGUAUGUUGUGCUUCCUGAGACACAUAAAUUUGCUAUGGAAACGUGGAAGCUGGCUCACUCCAAGGGAUAGCCCACUUACAUGCCAUGGCCUGAGCCUUGUACCAUGUCCCACUUGGUCUUAUUUUUAAAUAUUUUUUUCUUUGUCCACAUGGGAAGUCAACCUUAAAGUUGCUCUUUGGAAGAAAUCACCAAAGUUUCUGGGAGAACAUGUUCAAGGCUAAACUGAAGAAUGGAUCUAAUUUGUUUUGUAAGGAAAAUAAUCUUAAUUGAACUAUUCUUUCUUUCUUUCCCCCCCCAAACUAGGUUACAGAUUCUUAACUGCAAAAUUCAGAUUUCUUAGACACUGUUUUCCAGUAUUUGCAGGGUUGGUCCGUUGUCUGGAAGUUGGAAUAUUCUCUUCCAAGAGUUAAAAAGGCAAUUUUUAGAUUAUGAAAUAUUAUAAUAAUAAAGCUAUAUUUCUGACUAA